AUGUACAAACUGCACAAGAGACUUUUCCCUGUAUUGCUCCGGCUUGCCUGUGACGUGGACCAGGUGACAAGACAACUUUUUGAACCACUCAUCAUGCAGCUUAUUCAUUGGUUUACAAACAACAAGAAAUUUGAGAGUCAAGACACAGUUGCAGUUCUGGAAGCCAUUUUGGAUGGAGUGGUGGACCCAAUGGACAGCACUCUGAGGGAUUUCUGUGGCCGUUGCCUUGAGGAGUUUGUGAAGUGGUCGAUCAAACAAACGUCGCCCAAACAGCAGGAGAAGAGCCCCACCAACAUGAAGUCUCUGUUUAAGAGGAUCUACAGCCUGGCCCUUCACCCCAACAGCUUCAAAAGAUUGGGGGCAGCUCUGGCUUUUAACAAUAUCUACAGACUGUUCAGAGAGGAACACUCACUGGUGGAGCAGUUUGUCUUUGAAAUCCUGGUGGUCUUCAUAGAGAGUUUGGCGCUUGCACACAUGGAUGAACGCUCUUUGGGCACUAUCCAACAAUGCUGCAGUACCAUCGACCAUUUGAAGAGGGUUAUCACACAUAAGGCACCAAAUCUAAACCAGCACAAUCCAAAAAGGCGUAUUCCCAGGGGAUUUCCUCCUGAUCAGAAGUUGUGUCUGUCUCAUGUUAUUCUGUGGCUCCUUGAACAAUGCGGUCGACCCCAGACUGAAUGUCGUCACAAGUGCAUGGAGCUCUUCUAUGAGUUUGUUCCUCUCCUUCCAGAAAAGAAGUCUGCGUCUCAGUGGCUGGACUCUAUGCUCCAGCAGCAUGGGACAGAGUUCUUGGUGUCACAAUUCGAAGGCGGUGGUCUCUGGUCUCAGCCCACUCUGCGAGACCUGUCCAGUCCCUUCAGCGUCAGGGCAGCUCUGCAGUGGAACGACCUCCUGCUGGCCGCUCUGGACUGCUACAACACUUUUAUUAAACUGCACAUAAUCCGGCCUCAUCACAUGCUCGCGUCUAAAGAAAAGUCCCACUUCCUGAAGGCUGUGAGCUUCUUUCUGUCGGAAUUGGCCACUCGAGAUCUGGCAACCGCUGAGAGCUGUUUUUGUAUCGGUGAGAAGAUGUCUCACUUCAGCCCCAGAGAAGUGGACCAGUACAACUACAGCAAAUGCACCAUCAUCGUGCGUCUGCUGGACUUCAGCUCCAUGAUGCUGCUCAAAGCAGAUCAGGGUUUUGUGAAGGCUCUUGAGCAAGACCUUUUCAGUGCUGUGUUCUUUGAGCUGGUGGCACUGGUCGUCUGUGAUCCGUCUUCAGUGGGAUUCAACAUGGCGGACGUGGAGGUGAUGAGCAACCUGCCUGAAGUGUGCGUGCCGCUGCUGAAAGCCCUCAUGGCCUCUCCACUCCAGAGCCAAGUGAAGAGCAGCCUCCGGGACAAAAUAUCACGGAAAAGUCUGGAGGAUUUGUGUGCAGUGGACUUCUAUAACACAGAGUCACUAAAACAUCAGGACCAAAUGGAAACGCUUCUCUCUGCCUGCAAACAAAUCAACAAAGCAGGUUUCCUUCCUUCUAUACUCCAGGAUCCAGUUUAUGUCAAAUCGAUUGCGUCUCAACUCCUUAUGACUGUGUACAAGGGAAUUGCUCCAGGGGAAGACAGGAGCACGCUGCCUUCUCUAGAUGUGAACACAAAGAGACUGGCAGACGGAGUCCUUCAGCUCGGCUUUUCACUCAGUCAGCAGAACGAGCAGCUUGUGGACCUGUUGUUGAACACCAUCGUAGUCUCCGUGCCGAUAUCUGGGAGUCACAGCUACAACUUCCUGAACUUUUCCCACGGAGAGUAUUUCUACAGCCUUUUCCAAGCAACUGUCAACGCUGAGCUGCUUAGAAGCCUGACCACUACAGUCCCACGACUCACCGAAGCUGCCCCUCAGAACCCCACCAUGGUGAGUCUGUUGUUGAACGGGAUGCUGGACCACAGUUUUCGUGAGCGUGCGGUGAGAAAGACGCAGGGCAAACAGCUGGUGGAGGAGGUGCUCAGACGAUGGGGUGGUCUGAGCUCCUGGUGGGUCGGGGACAAGGCCACUCCUGAGAGCAAGACCGCCACUCUGGUGCUCCUGUCCAAACUCCUGCAGAUCGACUCCUCUGUCUGCUCCUCAAACACCCACGAUGCUUUCAGCCCAGUGUUCACUACGUUUACAUCACUGCUGACGGACUCCAGCCUUCCCCUAAAUCUCAAGAGCCAGGCCUUGUUGGUGCUGCCCUUCUUCACGACUCUGCCCGACACACCCUUGGAGCAGUUGCAGAAAGCGCUGGAUGCCCUGGUGGCUUCACAUUUCCCAAUGCAGUCGGACGAGUUUGCCAAAGGAUCUCUUCAUCGCAACAACUACAUGGACUGCAUCCGCAAGCUUCUGGAUGCAUUGGAGCUUUCCCACAGUCCUUUGCUGCUGAAUCUGAUGGCUGGUAUUUUAUGUCGGGACAAAAGGCACAUCAUGGAAGAACAGUUUCAGACAAGUUUCCAAAGAAUUGCUAAAAGGGCUUCUCCAGAAAAGCAGCUGGAGUUCUUGUGUGACAUGUUUAGGAAGGUGCAGCAUGGAGAUGUUCCCACAAACUCCAUGCUUCAGUCUCUGACCGACAGAGUGCUGCUGCCUCUGGCCUCUCACUGCGGCACCCAGGCCCUCAACCACUUUUACGUGGCCAACGUUUCCGACAUGAUAAAUCUACUGCUGGUCCGCUUCACUAAGUCUAGUGAGGCAACAUUUGAACUCCAAUUGUUUAAGAAAAUCGGUUGUUACAAACUGAUGGAGCUGCUUUACUCACGCCUCCCCAAAGACGAUGUCUACUCCAAAGACUCGCGCAUCAACCAGGCCUACUGCUGCACGGACAAACCCGAGGGGAAUGAGAUGUCCAAAGCCCUCAUCAAAUCUUGUUUUGAGUCCUUCACUGAGAACAUGGCUGGGGAGACUCAGCUGCUUGAACUGCGGAGGCUUUUCCACUGCACUGCGUAUAACUGUGCCAUCGCCGUCAUCAGCUGUAGUUUUAAUGAGCCCAAAUUUUACCAAGGAUUUCUGUUCAGUGAGAAACCGGAAAAGCAUCAGUUCAUCCUGGAAAAUAUCAUUGAUGUUACGAGGACAUACCACUUUCCUAUUGAAGUUGAGGUCCCUCUGGAGAGAAAAAAGAAAUACGUCAUGAUCCGAAAAGAGGCCAAUGAAGAGAACGGAGAAUCCCCAGUGUAUCUGUCCUCUCAGUCGUACAUGGCGGACAGCAGUCUGAGUGAAGAGAUGAGCCAGUUUGAUUUCUCCACUGGAGUCCAAAGCUUCUCCUACAGCUCCCAGCAUCCAGAGGGGCGCAGGAAGACCACUGUGAAGAGGGAGACGGAGGACACAGAUUCCUCCCAGGAUGCAUUGGUGGACCUGGAAAUGGAUGAGCUGAACCAGCAUGAGUGUAUGACGGCCAUGACGGCUCUGAUCAGACACAUGCAGAGGAACAACAUCACCCCUAAAGUCCAACAGGGAAGUGUUCCUACUGAUUGUCCGCCGUGGAUGAAAUUUCUUCAUGGGAAACUGUCAAAUCCAUCUACACCUUUGAACAUCCGUCUCUUUAUUGCAAAACUUAUAAUCAACGCCGAGGAGGUUUUCCGGCCAUAUGCAAAGCUCUGGCUGGGACCACUUCUUCAGCUCGUUGUAUCUGAGAAGAACGGAGGCGACGGCAUUCACUUCAUGGUGGUGGAUGUUGUGGUCAUUGUGCUCUCGUGGACAACUAUCGCGAGUCCAAAGGGUAAUACAAGAGAUGAAGUGCUGGCAAACCGCUUGUUGGAGUUCUUGAUGAAAAACUGCUUCAACUCAAAGCGUGCCGUUUUCCGCCACAACCUGGAGAUCAUUCGCACUUUGGUUGAAUGUUGGAAAGACGUUCUGCAUGUGCCCUACAGUUUGAUUUAUGAUCGAUUCUGUGGCACGGACCCAAACAAUAAAGACAAUUCUCUGGGACUUCAGCUGCUGGGAAUCAUCUUGGCAAACAACAUCCCUGCGUAUGAUGCUGCAUGUGGCAUUGGCUAUGACAAAUACAUUCAGUCCCUUACCAAUAACUUAACGUACACUCGGUAUAAGGAAGUCUACUCCGCUGCUGCUGAGAUCAUUGGCCUGAUACUGAAGAAUGUGACAGAACAAGAUGAUCAACAUAAGGAACUCUUCGAUCUCGCUGCCACAAAAAUUGCAAGUCUGGGAAAAAGGGAAAUGAACGACAAGUUUAUCAUCUGUGUGAACAAAGUCUCCAGACACUUCCCUCCAUUUAUGGACAGAUUUGUGAAUCUGACGUUCUACCUGCUGCCGAAGCUUCACGGCGUCUUGAAAACAAACUGUUUGGAGUGUGUGCUGAGCCGCGCAGACGUCAUCCCACAGAUAUUUAUGGAGCUCAAAACGUCCGGCUUCAUUCAGAUGAUGGCACACAGAGAUGAGGCAAGACAGCGUGUCUGUCUGGAUAUCAUUCAUAAGAUCCUUUCGGUGCUGAGUCCGGUGGAACUGCAGGAGCUGCUCCAACCCGUGACUGCGUUUGUGUCCCACCCGUCCCCCGUCUGUCGAGAGAGAAUGUUCGACAUCCUGAUGUGGAUCCAGGACAACUACAGUGAUUCAGAAAGUAUGGAGGACAACACUUCAGUAGAAGUUUUAAAUGCAGCCAAAGAGAUUUUACUUCAGGGACUGGCUGAGGAGAACCAAGGUCUUCAGCUUUAUGUCCGUAACUUCUGGAGCCAGGAGAAGCGUCUUCCCACUGCGACCUUCGAACGCAUGACCAUGGUGCUAAGUUCACUUUACACGACUCAAAUCGAACGUUGUUUCUUGAGUUUGGCCACAAAUCUGCUGCUGGAGAUGACGAGCCAGAGCCCAGACUUCCAGAGGAACAUGUUUGAGUAUCCGCUGUCGGAGUGCACUUUUCAGGAUUAUGUGAUCGACUCAAACUGGCGCUUCAGGAGCACUGUGAUGACGCCCAUGUUCGUAGAGACGCAGAGUUCUCAGGGCCCAGAGAGCCUCGUGUCUCCAUCCGCUUCAAUGAAAGGGAAACUCCGAGCCACUCAGUCCACACUGGAGUUCAGCCAAACCCAGGCUCCAGGAGGGCGGCGCUCUUACAACUGGCUCACAGACAGCAGUGUGGAUACUCUGGCAGAGUACUCGCUGGGCUCUGAGUCUUUGUCAUCGUUGAUGGUCUUUGAUAAAAAAUCUGAAAGACAAACAUUAAGCAGGAAACCAGUGGGAGAAGGAUUCGGACUGAAGCGUCUCUCUGCAAACACAGACCAAGUGGACAGUCACACUCACGUACAAAAUGAACAGCGCAGAAAUAUCCUGAGGCUUCGUCGCAGAUUCCUCAAAGAUCAGGAGAAAGUGAGUCUGAAUUAUGCUCAGAAAGAGAUCCAACAUCAGAGACAGAAAAAGGAGGAAAAGGCAGAUCAAAGGCUUCGAAAAGAGGCUCAGGUGACUUUGUAUCGUAACUACAGAGUGGGAGACUUUCUGGACAUUCAGAUCCCUCACAGCAGCCUCAUCACUCCCCUGCAGGCCCUGGCCCAGAAAGAUCCUAUUUUAGCCAAACAGCUGUUCAGCUCUCUGUUCACCGCGAUUCUCCAAGAAAUGCAGAAAAGCAAAUCUCCAGGAGAGAGGCGGAAGAUCGAGGACGAUCUGAGAAGCAGCAUGGACACGUUUCUGAAGAGAAGCACCGUCUGCUUCCCUCCGUUUGUGGCCUGUGUGCAGGACAUGUGCUACCAACAUAAGGAGCUUCGUGACAUAAAUCCAGCAAGUAUUAGCUCGUCUUGUCUGGUCAGUCUUCAACAACCGUCGGGCAUCUUGCUUUUGGAGGAGGGUUUGCUGCACGCAUGUGUCCCAUCUGAGCCACCGUCCAAACGUUCCAGAGGCCCCAAAGAGCUCCCUCCUGACACCAACAAGUGGAUUCACUUGGCAAGAUUGUACAGAUCUUUGGAGGACUACGAUGUCGUGCGUGGAAUCUUCAGCAGUAAAGUUGGGACCAAAUCCAUCACGUGUUCUGCUCUUCAGGCUGAAGCUCAAACAGACUACGCAGAAGCAGUAAAACUCUACAAUGAGGCGUUGAACACUGAGGACUGGACUGAAGGCCCGCCCUCUGAUGCGGAGAAAGACUUCUGGGAGAUCGCGGCGAUGGAGGCCUACAGCCACCUGACGGAGUGGGCCUCUCUGCAGUACUGCUCCACUGUCUAUAUCGACGACGCUUCCCCGCCGGACCUGGAGAAGAUGUGGGCCGAGCCGUACCACCAGGAGAUGUACUUGCGGCACAUGAUUCGCAGCAUGCUGAAGCAGCUGCAGCUCGGGGGCGCGGACCAGACCCUUCUCAGCUUCAUCGAUAAAGCCAUGAGAGUCGAGGAGCGCAAGAAACUUCUGGAAAACUACUACAGCCAAGAGCUCAGCCUCCUGUACAUCCUCCAGGAAGACUAUGACCGCGCAAAAUACUACAUCAACUUGGCCAUGCAGCUCUUCAUGCAGAAUUACUCCAGUGUGGACUCGCUGCUCAGCAAGAGUCGUCUGACCAUCCUGCAGUCAGUACAGGCCUUAACGGAAAUCCAAGACUUUCUCUUGUUUGUUAAAGGAGAAGUGUCAGUGUCCUCUCUGAAGCGACUAACCCGGGUUUGGACCGAGCGAUAUCCGGAUCCUAAAGUGGAUCCAGUGAAUGUCUGGGAUGACAUCAUUACAUCAAGGUGCUUCUUUUUGGACAAGAUUCUUGAGAAGUUAAAAAGCCAGGGCUCCACUGAGGACAUAGAGGUGGAUGGGGAGCCGGAUAUAACCUCUUUGGUGAACAACUGCAAGUUUAGCAUGAAGCUACACAUGGCUGACAGUGCGUGGAACCAGAAUAACUUCCCUGUUGCGACAAAACUGCUGAAGGAUCUCCACAGAGACGCCAAGUCCGACCGCAGCUGGUUACUGCGCUGGGUCCACAGCUACAGCCGCUACAGCCACAAGCGCAGCCACACGCUCAGCCCCGUGGAGCAGAUCAGCACUAUGCUAAAGACCGUCCCUCUGCUGGAUGACCUUCAGUCGGACGUCAAAAGUUCCUCUGCUAAAGUUUUCCGAAAUCAGAAAAUCCUCCAAGGCACGUCCUUCCACAUCAUGGCCUGCGCUCUGGGCACCAGUCCCUCUGUUUUGGGGACCAUCGAUGCUGAUAAAGCAAAGAAGGUGGCGAAACUAGCAGGAAAAACAUGGCCGACUGAAGAUCCAAAGAGUGUUGAAGUGGAGCUGCAUCUCAGAGCCCUGAAGUGUUUCCGUGAAGGCUCUAGAAAAGCAGAGGAGGAGCAGCAGUCGUACCAGCAGGACUGUGUGGAUCCCAGCAGCCUCAUCGAGACCUACAUGGCUCUGGCAAACUUCUGUGACAAACAAUUGCGAGAGGAGGAGCAGAGGGAGACUGACAGCCGAUUCCCAGAGCUGCUCACCCUCCCAGCUCAGAUCAUUGAGACCAUGCUGAAAGCUCUCAAACUAAACUCUGAAGAGGCUCGACUUAAAUUUCCACGUCUUCUGCAAAUCAUCGAGUUGUACCCUUCCGAAACACUGGACAUCAUGACCAAAGAGAUGACGUCAGUGCCUUGCUGGAUGCUGAUUGGCUGGAUCAGUCAGAUGGUGGCUCUUUUGGACAAACCGGAGGCGGUGGCGGUUCAGCACUGCAUUGAGCAGAUUGCUAAGUCCUAUCCUCAAGCGCUGGUCUACGCCCUCAUGAUCAGCAGCGAGAGCUUCCAGUUCGAAGACUCUGCCUCAGGACACCAGCAGCAGGAGUUUGUUAAUGGCCUGAGGAGCGUCCUGGACAAAAAUGGAACAGUGAAAGGUUUUGUAGCAGCACUGCAGCAGCUCACAAACCCAGACAUGAUCUUUAAGGAUUGGUGGGACAGUGUCAAAAAUGAACUGGAAAGAUCAGGGUUUGACAAGACGAAGAUGGAACAUCUUUACAAUGAAAUUAACUCCUUACUCGGGAAUCAGAACACACAAGAACACGGGGCCUUUCGACGUAAAUUCAUCCAGAAAUUUGCCAAGGAGGUGGAGAGCCUGCUGGGAGCUAAAGGCAGCAAACUGUUUGAGAAAAGAAAAGAUAAGAGUUUUGUGAAGAAGGUGGAGGAGCUGGUAGGCUCCAUGCGUGGAUGGUUAGGGGCAGGGAAGAAGGAGCCGGGGAACCUGAAGGAAUACUCCCCCUGGAUGAGCAGCUUCAAACAAGGCCCUCUGGGCGACGAGUUGGAGGUCCCCGGGCAAUAUGAUGGCAGAUCUAAGCCUCUGCCAGAAUACCAUGCCAAAAUAACUGGUUUUGAUGAAAGGGUGAAAGUCAUGUCUUCUAUACGUCGUCCCAAGCAGCUGAUCAUUCGAGGGGACGAUGAGAGGGACCACCCAUUCCUGGUGAAGGGGGGAGAGGACCUGAGGCAGGACCAGAGGAUAGAGCAGCUUUUCUCCGUCAUGAACAUCGUCCUUAGUCACGACACAGCCUGCACACACAGAGGCCUGCAGCUGCGCACCUAUCAAGUCAUUCCCAUCAACACCAGAAUUGGAUUAAUUGAAUGGAUGGAAAGUACUUGUACUCUAAAGGACUUUUUGAUAAACACAAUGACCGACAAGGAGAAGCAAAACGAAAAAAGAUCCAGAGAAGUGUACGACGACUGGCUGAGCAGCUUAGCUCAGAAAUAUGAUAAAAAAGCCAGUUAUGUUGCGUCCUACAUCAUCGCGUACAGGAAAGCCAGUCGCUCUGAUGUGGUGAAAAACUUCCAAACUGUGCUGCAGCUGGUGCCUCACGAUCUCCUCAAGAGAGCCUUUCUAAAGAUGUGCACCAGUCCUGAGGCCUUCCUGUCCCUGAGGUCUCACUUCAUCAGCUCUCACGCUCUGCUCUGCGUCAGUCACUGGAUCCUGGGCAUCGGCGACCGCCAUCUUUCAAACUUCAUGAUCAACACUGAGACGGGUGGCAUGAUUGGGAUAGACUUCGGACACGCUUUCGGAUCGGCCACACAAUUCCUGCCUGUUCCGGAGCUGAUGCCUUUCCGCCUCACGCAGCAGUUUGUGAACGUGAUGCAGCCCUUGAAGGAAUCUGGUUUGAUCCAGAGCGUUAUGGCACACGCCCUCAGAGCCUUCAGGGCGGAGCCGGACCUGCUGCUCAACACUAUGGAUGUGUUUGUCAAAGAGCCAUCCCUCGACUGGAAGAAUUUUGAGCUGAAGCAGUUGAAGAAGCAAGGCACCUGGACUAAGGAUGUGGACACCAAAGAAAUAAACUGGUAUCCCCUCCAGAAGGUGAACUUUGCCAGGAGGAAGCUAGAGGGCGCUAACCCAGCUACAAUUACAAGUGAGGAGCUGAAGCUGGGCUUCGAGAAAGAUCCUGCCUUCCAAGGCCUUGCAUCGGUGGCUUUGGGGACUAAAGGAGUGAAUGUGCGCGCAGAUCUCCCAGCGGAGGCUUUGUCGGUGGAGAAGCAGGUGGACUGCCUCUUGGACCAGGCCAUGGACCCAAACGUCUUGGGCAGAGUGUGGGCUGGCUGGGAGCCCUGGGUGUAA